AUGUGCUUCUGUGCCCUUCAACUGCCGCAGAGACCACCCAAGAUAUAUUGGAUAGCUGGCAUUCUAUAUGGACGGGCAUGUAGCCUGAUAUACCAACCAAAUAGAAUGAUGAGUGCACAGAUGCCCAAGUAUUUGCGACUACAAAGAUUCUUCUGCUCUUAUGCUCUGUUGAUUUUCUUGCAGUCAUUUUAUUUUAACUUAUCCUGUGGCUAUACAAGAUUUAGAAAAAGUAAUAUUCUUUUGAUAUACUUCUUCUUUAUUACAGGCUUAUUUUUAUUAUUUGUAAUUUUGCAGCAGUUGGUACACGCUUUCUUGUAUUUCUUUCUGGGUGUAGAAUCCAUCAUUUACAUCAAACAAGUCAUCUGCAAUUAA